AUGUAAUUCUAUUUAUUUGAAUUCUAAUUUAAUUUAGAUGCUUUAGAAUAAAAAUUGAUUGAGGAAUGUAUUUAAUGGGAACAUUUAACUCAAUUCUAUUUGAUAAAGGAUGAGGAUUUAGAUUAAUUAGAUAAAUUAACAAUAAUUAUAUAAUUAAUGGGAAUUUAACAUACUUGUUGUAUGAGAGAUUAGUCAAACAGAGAAUAAAAUUCUGAUUCUGAAGUGCAGGUGAUCUAGGAUAAAUAGAAUUAUAAUAUAAAACAUCAGUUUUCAAUAGAAAACUAGACUUUAAAGACAACAUAGAAAGGAACAAUUUAAAUAAGUGAAAUAGAUAACUCGAUUGAAAUGUUGGAGGAGAAUUAAUCAAGUAAUUUGGAAAACAACCCAGUACCAGCAUUUGUCUAAAAUAAAUAAUUUCAUUAAUUUAUGGUUCCGAGAAGAGAAAAUCGAUUUAUGUAAGACAUUGAGUGUGAAGUCAGAGCAAAAAUUAAGCAAAUGUAAUUAUUUCUACAACUUUAGAUAUAUGUAGGAAAAAUUCGAAGCUUUAUAAUCACAUUAUUCUGAAUUAAAUCAUUAAUAAAAUCAAACAAAAUCUAAUGAGUGUUCCUCAAAAGUUCCUCAUUAUAAUGAAUCUAAUAGUAACUUGAAUGUUCACUUAAAUUCAUAUCUAGGGAUUGAAAAAUUGUAGAGCACAUAAUUAGAAUGUAUCACUGUACCACAUAAGGAGAUGAGAGGAAUAUUAAAAAAUGAUUCAUAAUAAAAAUAUUCGUAAUCGGCAGAUGCAAAAACAGAGAAAGAAAUAAGUAAGAAAAAAAGGGUUCACUUUUCUUAAGAUACAAAAUUUAAGACUGAAGAUGCAACAAAAUUGUUUAAAUGGAGAAACUUAAGUAAUAUAUGA